AUGAUACAAAUAUGGAACAGAGAUGGAGUGGUUGGUUAUUUCCGCGGAUGGAUACCUAGCAUAGCACAAAUUGCGCCUUUCACUGGACUCCAAUUCGCUCUCUACAAUUUUUUCAUGGACACUUGGCCUCGGAUAGUGGCGAAUCAUGAUUCGACAGGUGCACUCGUGAGCGGUGCCCUUGCUGGGACCGUUGCCAAGACGGUCUUGUACCCUCUCGACAUGAUUCGACAUCGAUUGCAAAUGAACGGGUUCGAGCGAAGAGGCUUUGGCAAAACCUCUGAUUACCGUAUUGGUAUGAUCAGAACGAUGUUGAUGGUCGUCCGAAAUGAGUCCGUUUACGGUCUAUUCAAAGGACUUUGGCCAAGCCAACUCAAAGCUGCUGCGAAUUCAGGCUGUGCUUUCCUAUUUUAUGAGUUGUUUUGUGAUAUAUUGAGAGCCAAGAAGAAGGAUGAUGAAUAG